AGCGCGCCGCGAAGCUCCUGCUGCCUGGCAGUUGCCCGCGCGCCUGCCUCGGGCGGGUGCGAGGUACGGCGGCAAGAGCGGGAGAACAUAGAGAAACGGAAGGUGCAGCAAGAUGCGCCAAGCCUGAGGGACCGGCCGCAGCUUGGUGGCAAUCCUGCCAGGACACUGCGCGGCCAAGCGCGCGCGGCUCCCCACCGGGCCCGGGCGCGCAUUGCACAAGCCACCGGGGCGCUGCGUUGGCAGUG